AGAAUUUUAGGGUUCUUGUGCUCUACGAUGAUCCGGCGGCUGGUCGGGCGCAAUGCUGCGCAUUUGCUGCGGAAUCCACCACUCGGAUCGAGAAUCGGAGCUACCCCAGUGGUGGAUUAUAUCGCGCAAUCGAUUGGUGAAGCCCAGUUGCCAGGAUCAAGAAUCGGAUCUAGAUCGAUCGACAGCAUGGUCCCAUGGAGUGGAGCCGGCGCGAGACUCUUCGCCAAGGCGCCAAGGCAGCAGCCGAUAAAAGUGGACGAGUUCCAGCACGAGGAGAUCACGGGGCCGACGGUGGAGCGCGAUCUCUCCGCGACGGCGAACGAGCUGCGCGAAUCCAUCGACUCGAUGCUCCAGUCCAAUGUGAAGCUCAAGCGCGCCUUGAUCGCGGUGGGGCUCGCACAGCUCAUCGCGGGAUGGUGGGUGAUUGCCAGCGAUUACUCGGCGGAAACGCUGUGCCUGUGCCUCACGGCGCUGAGCGCCGGGUUGUCGCUCCAUCUGGCGCUCCACCUCCACACCACGAUGAAGCACGUCCCAUUCUUCCAGAAGGUGGAGGAGCGCAGCCGGAUGAGGAUCAUGACGCUGUCGAUGCAAACGAUCAAGGCGGUGGCGCUGAUGAUGAGCCGAUCGAAUGUGAUCACGCGCUGCACGGCGAUUGGAUUGCUUGGCGCUUGUCUAUAUGAGGCUGUCCAGCCCAAGAAGGUCGUCUAGAACCCUAAAAGAUAGAAAAGCCCCCAUUUUCUUUCGACUA